AUUUUUCAGGAGAACCUUUUUUUUGAGAAUUUUUUUCAGGAGAACCUAAUAAUGAAAAACUAGUAACACACGGGCCAGCCCAUUUGCGAGACCCACCGCAUCGCUCAACAAAAUGUGGCCUGUUUCUCCCUAAGAAACAAAACAAAAAAUGUGGCCUGUUUCUUUCUUCUCUCUUUUGAGAGAACGUGGCCUGCUUUUGUUUCCGCCAUCAGCGCAACUUCCCCAGAGUUCUUCUCUUCACUUCGAAGCGCGCGCAGGAGAGGAGAUGGGGACGGAGAUGAAGUCAUCGGCAGAGCGGCUGGAAGCCCUAGCAAAGGAGUAUCCGGGGUACAUCAUGGAGCUACUGGCGCACGUCCUCGACAACGACAACCUUACUGUCAAGUACAUCCCGGAGGACAUCAAGGCGCUCUUCGAGACGCCCUCCGGCUUCGCCAUCGACUCCGGCUACCUCUACGACAUCAACAUCGACUACACCGGCAUCCAGACCAUCUGGGUUCACUGCGGCAACAAGGACUCCGCAGACUUUUUUCUCUGGCGAAAGGGAUUCCUCAAGCUCGACAACAAAUCCACCGCCAUCCGCCCCGAUGGCAUUGAUAGCAGCCUUACCAAGCUUAUCAAGAAAGAGUGUGAUCCUGGGCACAUACUACUUGUCGGCGAAUCUAAAUACAAAGAAGCUAUUGAAAGCAAUCUGGGAAUUCCCUGUAGGUGCGAUGAAGCCGCGGAGGAGCUGAUGUGGGGCCUGCAGAACCUGCUGUAUGAUCUUGUGCCCGAAGAUCGAAUCGGAGUUCGGAGAGCAGGACCGCAAGUACCACAGCCGGAAAUUACUUGCCUACCUGCAUUAUUACAUUAACCCUGACAUCAAGCCUGAAAUGAUCGAUGGAGAGAUGGCUCUACUGGCUUCCAUCAUACCAACAGGAACUACCGCGACAACAUGCACAAGCUUGAUAAUGUGACACCUUGAAAAGAUAUCUGGCCUCAAGACGGACCAUUGGGACACCGUGACGCACGCGACAGCUCUGAUAAAGUUGAUUGGAGAAUCUGUACCCACGCCUAAAAGCAUGUUCACCGAGGACGAGAGGAAGAAGAUGCUUGAGGGGGUAGGCAAAUACGGGGACGAGAUCGACAGGGCCACUAUGCGGGAAAUAUUUUCUCGAAUGUGCACGAGCGUGCAUACUUUCUAUUAAAGAGGGAGAAUGGGGAAAGAGCCCUUCCGCAUUUGGCGUUACAUAUUACAUGAAUCCAACUCGACGGCUAUGCCAGCCCACUCCACGGCGAUACUCCUCUAAGUUACAAUCUCGCUCUCGCCCGCCCUGGCACUACCCCAAAAGGACACAUCGCCCUUGAUGAUCCCGGCCAUCUUCCAUGCUCUGCCCUCGGCUUCAAUCCUGGCAAGAAUUCGCACUUCGAAUUGGCUCUUGUGAUUUCGAUCGAUCAGCGGUUGUAUCCGGAGUGCUAGCUAGGUUUUUUUUUUCUUUUCUUUUGAUAACAAUCCGAUCGAGUGCUAGUUGCCAAGCGCAGACCUAGGAGCCCGGCCAGGGUUCAUCAAUCGUCCUUGGUUUCUUUUUGUAAGACGGCUGCGACUGCGAGCGAGCAAGAUUGAUCGCACCAUCGACGUACCAUCUCAGAGGCGCUAGCUGUGUUGUUCGGAGCCGCAAUCCACCUCUGCGACCAUCGUUUCCUUAGCCUUCUUUUUUCUUGGGCAUGCAACCAACAGGGACCCGACCCAAUCUCUCUCUCUCGUCUUCUCCAAGUCUCUCCUCCCGGCAACUGCAACUCCCUCCGAUGCCGCCUGCGUCCGCGCACCGGAGAUAUCACUUGUUGGGUCGACGCCCGGCCGUGUGCCGACGUCGCCAUCUAAUAUCGCGGGCUCACGAUCGAGCGAGUGGAGCAAACCUCCCUCUGGCGGCUCUUCCUCCGCACCUCGCCGCGGCGGGGCUCCUCAUCAGCGUUCGUCAAUGUCAGGCAGGCUCGCCGCCAACGAGACAAUCAUGCUCCAUGGGCUCCUCUCCCUCUGACGUACGUCCACCGCCUCCUCUACUGCUGCUCGAUCGUCGGCCAUCUAAUAGGCCUGCCCUGCUUGCUCUGCUCGCCCUCCCUCGCCUUCUCUCCU